AUGGCUACAGAAUACCCCCACCGAAUCGCCCUACUAGGCCUAGGCACAAUCGGCCUCUCAAUGCUCGCAAUGCAUCUACGCCGCCCAGACACAAGUAUAACAGUCUACGACCCCCGACCCGACUACGAAUCCCAAAUCCGGAGCACCCUCCCCUCCCUCCUCGAUUCCCCAAACCCAGCCACCCUAAUUGACGACUUAAUCCGAACUUCCCGCCUAAAAUUAGCCACAACACUCCCGGAAGCCAUCCAAAACGCAACAAUCGUUCAAGAACAGAGCCCGGAAGUCACAUCCUCGAAACAGGCCUUGUGGAAGGAAGUCGCCGGCCUCGCAGGUCCAGAUACCCACCUAUGGAGCAGUUCGUCUGGAAUCCCCGCAUCGGCGCAAGCAGCCGGGUGCGAGGCCGCGGACCGUGUUGCUGAGCGCUUGCUUGUUGCGCACCCGUUCAAUCCACCGCAUCUGAUGCCGCUUAUUGAGAUUGUGCCCGGGCCUGAGACUAAGGCGGAGAGUGUUGAGUUUGUGAAGAAGUAUUUCGGCGAUAUUCCUGGUCCUGGGGCGUCGGCUGGUGCUGGUAGUGUUGGUUCGGGCGGGGAUCAGGCGGCUUCGCAACAUUACCGACCGAUCACGCUACACAAGGAGAUUCCUGGGUUUGUGGGGAAUAGGCUUGCCUUUGCGCUGCUGAGGGAGGCGUGUUAUCUUGUUGGGGAGGGGGUUGUUUCGGCGAAGGAUUUGGAUUCUCUUGUUACGGCUAGUUUGGGGCCGCGGGGGAUUGGGGCAUUUUUGCAGAAGCUUGCGCCGACGAUUCAAAACGUGUGGGGGGAAUUAGGGCAAGUUGAUAUUGAGGGCGAUCAGGCGUGGAAGGACUUGGUUGUUAAACAGACCGAAGAUGCUUAUGGGCCUUAUACUCCCGAGACGAGGAAGAAGAAAGAGGAAAUGUUGAGGGAUGUUGUGGAGAUGCAGAAAAAGAAAUGGGGAGAGUUAUAA